UUGUAUCGUAUCGAUUUGAAUGCCUGUUUUAUCGAUCACCAGUUUACCACGGCUAACAGCCAAGUCGGAUCGCCCUAUCGCCAUUACUGAGGUCUCAUAAAUGCACACUACGCAUACGAGAUCCUAAGCGGAAAGCAUUCGCAUGAGUCAUCCAGCUUUCAAAUUAAAUUCUUCGAAAACGCACGUUCUAUACGUGUCCGGCUGAAAGAGUUCACGCACAGGCUCUGCUAUGCCAACUGCCAAGAGAUUGUAGACUGCGGCUGUGCGGCAAACACAGUUGGAAGCUUGUGCAAAGCAAACGAUAUGAAUUCAAUCGUCAUCACGUUAUUUCAAAAGGAAAUGGUACUAGUAGUAACUAAUGCCAGCCAAGCACUUUGUGUUUGCAAAAUACGUUCCGCCCUGUUAAACCACUUGCAGCGAAAUUUCUUACCAGUGCUUUUUCUGCAAGCUUGUGUUUUUGCCCUUGUGCGCCUGAUCUGACGAGAGGUUUCUUGCUUGUGCAUUAUUUGUAGUUUUACACUAUUAUACACAAAAUACUUCCUUAUGGCAUCAAGCGAAGGACAAAACGUUCAGUUUCCACCCUUUCGAGGGUUGCAGGAUUUUUUGUUGGAUUCACGCUUUCAGCUGCCGAGUUUCAAUGAUCAGUCACGCUGGGCAAAUCGUGUAUUAAAUAAUCUGCUGUACUACCAGGCAAAUUAUUUCGCGGUGGUACUGCUGGCCAUUGCCCUAAUAGGUUUAAUCUUCCCCGCGGAAUUUUUGUACGGGAUAGUGGGAACCCUUUGUGCAAUUCUGACAGCGGUUGUUUUGUUAUCGAAGCACCAUUUAAUGAGACAACUCAGGGGAUCCUAUCCCUGGGCAGCACUGGCCAUUGUAGCUGUUCUGGGCUUCGUGGUCGUCACUGAACUCCGUGAUAUUGCAGUCUUCGCAUUUCCCUUUGCUUUUUCAGUUUUAUUGAUCUACAUCCAUGCGUCUUUGAGGACGAGGAACAUUAAGAAUCGUUUCAACAACAAAAUGGAGCAGAUGGGCCUGAAACGAAGCCCAAUGGGAAUGCUGAUUGAACUGACCGGCUAUGAAAUCCAAAUGCGACUUUUCACAGCGGCUGAGGACGCCACCAUGUGACUGCUAACGGAAUUGCCAUUCCGCAUCCGUCGGCUGCUGCAUGAUAUCAUGGAAAACUGGAGUUAAGAUUUCGCUACAGGACUUCCGCUCCAUAUCUCAGGCCUUUCUAGUCUGCAUUAUUGUGAUAUACCCGUAGUUCCUAUGCACCGUUCCCGCUGCCGCUCCAUGUUCGACGUUGCUAAGUAAUCGCAGUGUCCGAUGUGACGCGCAGUUUCAUCAGCUCAAAUCCCGCACCCACAACCGCAACAUAAUAAACUUCCCCAUUAUUAGCUGCAUCCUGGUAAUAAUCUGCAGCGCUCAUGGAUUGAAUUCGUGGAAAUGUUUGCAGCGCAGAACUCAGAGCGCUGCAGCGCAGAGAGUGACAAUGGAAAGCAGCAACAUCGGCAACUGAUGUGUACACAACUCCAAGGUUUUCGAUCUGUAAAUGUAAAUAUCCGAUUAUACUUUAAAAGUUUUAUUGCGUAUUUGUACCAUCGCAGUUAUCUGUCCUUACUGCAGCGUCCUCAUAUUUAAUGGCCCAUAAUUUUAUUGUCUGGUCUUUGGAGGCUGUUAAAAUCCGAUUUGAUUGUUCGAGAAUGUGUACUCCUGCAACAAACAAACAAAUUUCGGUUGACUACUUACUAGUAAUGUUGUGAAACCGCGCUGACAUAAAUACAUUACCUGGAAUGCAAAAAAG